AUGGGGCCCACUGUUCAUGCAGCCUACGUCUACUGGGGGAGACCAGCAUGCUUGAAGGCACUUAGGAGAGACCUGACCUCCUCGGAGUCGGGGGCCUCGUCCUCCUACAGCGGGGAGAGCCUGCGGGAGCGCGGGGGCAAGGGGCGCCCGCGGGACCGGGCAGGGGUUGCUGCCAACUCCCUGCUGGGGCGCAGCUUCAGCCUGGGUGACCUCAGCCACUCGCCGCAGACUGCCCAGCGGGUGGAGAGGAUCGUCAGGGAGGUGAAGAGGAAGAAGGGCCUCAAGGAGGUGCCCGAAAGGGACAAGAAGAUCGCAGCCCUGAUGAUUGCCAAGCACCAGGAGGCCAGCCUCCUUCGGGAGCAGCGGCAGGCAGCCCAUCUGCAGGGGGGCAGCCAGCGGCGCCUGGCGGAGCAGCGGAAGGAGCAGGAGGAGAAGGAGAAGCAGAGGGCUCUCGUGCAGGGCCAGCGGAUGUGGGAGUGCCAAGUGGAGAAGCGGCGAGGAAGGCUGAGCCAGGAGCAGGAGGAGGCGGCCCUGCUGAAGCAGAAGCAGCGCCUGGUGUGCGAGGAGAGGUGGCGGGAGCAAGCAGAGAAGCAGGAGCGGCUGCGGAGGGAGAAGCUGGAGAGGGCCAUCCAGGAAGACAAGCAGAAGAAACUCCAUCAAGAGCACAAUUUGAAGGCAAAGGAGGAUGGCAAGAAGGAGCACCGAGAGCGAGAGGAGCAGCUCCUGCAAGAAAAGCUGUCCACAGCUGCAAAGAAGAGGCUGAAGAAGGAGGUGCAGCUGCAGAAGGAGAAGAAACUGCUCAACCAAGCAGAGAAGCUGAAGCACGAGGCCUUGCUCAAGGAACUGGCCAAGCAAGAGGCAGAAGAGAAGGAGAUGCUGAAGGCCUCCCUGGAGAUGAGUUUAACCAAGGCUCAGGAGAACUACGAGCAGCUAAUGGAGAAGAGGAACCAGGAGCUGAGGGAAAAGGCCAGGCGGGAGGAGAUGCAGAUCCAGAGAGCCAAACUGGCAGCAGAAAGGAAGGAAAGAGAGCAAAAGGAGCACUUGGAGGCCCUGGCUAAAGAGACAGAGAGAAAGCUCCAGCACGCUGCCCAGGUGGCUGAAGAGGUGGUCCAGGAGAAAGCCCGCAAGGUUGUCAUGAGUCGGCUGGAGAAGGAGAAGGUGCAAAAGAUCAACAAGCAAAAGGUGGAGCAGUACGAGGACUUACGGCGCCGGGAGAUCCUCCUCUCUAUAGAGAGGAAGCUGGAGAGGAGUGAGCAGAUCUUCAAGGAGAAGAAGACUGUCAUAGAAAACGCCAGAUCUGUUGCUCGGGCAUCCUUCCAUGUCCGGGAGAAGGUACGAGAGGAGACGAACAUGCGCACCUUUGACAAGAUGGCCUUAGAAGCAGAAUUGCAUGCCAACCUGGAUAAGAAAUGAAAGGUCUUUUCAUGGAUAAGUGAGGAUACAUCAGCUAAGGUUGUCCAUCAAAAUGCACAGACAGCUCCUCUAUAUUAGAACAUUUUACAAAACAACCAACAACAACCACUCUAAUUUAUUAUUUUGGUGGGGGGAGGGGAGCAGGGUACCGCACAAAAACCGUGGCAGCUAUUUCAUGUACUUUUUUAAAUAUGCUUUUGUUUUGGGGCAUGUUUUAAGCACUGACCUCAGUCAUCUUUACAGAGAGGAAGUGAGCCUUCGUGUCCUCCACUCCCACCCCACGAAGCACACACACUUUCUCAGAGAGGGCUGCAGAAGAAAUUUGCUUGAAACCUGUGAGUCAGCAGUUGUUUGCCUGAACUGGAGCUGACUGCAGCUGCGCUCUUCUUUAGUGUGGAAAUGCAGGCAGUAGCGAUGACAGGCCUAAAAAAGAACCAACUUCAACCCACCUCGUUCUGUUUUGAGUGCAGUUCAGCUUAGUUUAAGUUGCAGGGUUGCAUUCUCAAAGCUGUUGUCUCUUCCAUGAUGAAGAUGGGGAUGGCUGUAUUAGGCAGUUCCAUAUGCCAGGCCCUUGGGUGCCCCUUACCCACUGCUGGUAUCAGAUGUGGGAAGAGAAAAGCACAAAGCAAGAUUUCAUAACACCAUGUAAGUAGAUGUUAUGAUCAGAGCUGGGCAGAAACUGUUAAAACCGUUCACAAAAACUGCAACUUAUGCUCUUUGCAACCAUUUCCCAUCCGUGGUAUCCUCACCACUCCUUCUCCUUUCCGAGUUUCUGUUAAGAAAGUCUGCAGAAUUCUUUUUUUUUUGUAGAAGGGAAACCAGAAGAGAAGUUUGUGAGCAAGCCACAAACUAAAAGGCAUCCACACAGCCCAUUUAUUCAGUAAGUUAUGAAAAUGAACUUGUGGAAGCUGGCCUUUGUCACAAACUUACAGAUUAUUUGUAAAUGGCAAUUUGUGAACAGAUUGCCUAGAGGCGCUGUGGAGUCUCCACUCUUGAAAAUACUCAGAAUGAGCCAUUCUGAGUAUUUUGGCCCUGCUUUGAGCACAAGAUAUCCUCCAGAGGUCCCCUUCAACCUAAAUUAUUCUGUGAUUCUAUGAACUGCUUGCAAUAGCAAGUUAACCCAGCUCUUAUCAUUGUCUACGAAGCAGGGCAGCAUUUAUCUGUCCACUGGUGCUAACAGUUGUAUUCUCACUUUAGGGCACAAGAAAGAGUAGAUGCACAAAAUAAGCUAUGUUAUAGAUUUUUUUAAAUGAGGAUCUCAGCCUUUUUAUAACUCUUAACUCAAUACUGUAUAGAGGGAAAUGAGUCCUUCUGCUGUUAAUGCACUGGAAAUGUGAAAAACGCCCACCUACACCCUCUGGAAAGUAUUUAAAUAAGACAAUGUUCUGCUCCAGUUUUCCACAUUUGCUGUCUGCUGGGUUAUAGUAAUGAACACAUAUCUGAAAGCAGGCACUUUCUGCUAUUUUCUUCUGGCUCGGGGCUGUGCCAGCUGUGCAUUCAACCACACAUGACACCAUGUGGGGUUGCUGUGGUGAUGGUAUCAGACCCGGCGCAUGGGGGAGAAGCAGCAAUCAAGAUCCCGUUUUCUUACAGAUGUCUCUAACAAACAACACAGAAGAGAAAACCAGAAGACUGACACAGGACAUAGGCAGACAGGCCUUUCUGUGUAGACCGCUUACCAAAGUUUCCCGGGAGGUGACAGCAGGUUUAAAACCUCUUAGAAAGUUUUAAAGAAGGUGUUACAUAACAGUGAUGGAAAUUGUAAACCAAAGUACACCCUGGUACCCUGCAAGCCUGAAAACAUUAUAAAGCCAGUGUUGGAAAUGAUGAAAUAGGGAUUUUCUUUGGUUUUGAUGAAACGUACUCCCUUUGAAUUAGAGAACAAUUGGUGCUGUUGAGAACAGCCAGCAAGAAAGUAGGAAUUAGGGCACCUGAGUUAUGUUUUCACUGUCAGCCAUUGGCUCGCUGUGUGACACCAGGUAAGUCCUUGAGGGCUGGGCCUGCUCUCAUUGAUAUAAAAGGAAGCAGAGUCAGGCUCUUGGGAUCGCUGUGACUCCCAGGAAAUAACAACACCCAGCUUGGUAAAAUGCUUCAAAGACUUUGGGCAAAAGAGGCUAGCAAAGCACAAAGUACUAUUUUGUUUGUUUAUUUAUUUAUUUAUGUGGGUGGGUGGUUAUUCAAGUAAAACCUAUCUGUUGGAAAAAAGCACUAAUUAACCUCAAAAAUCUAAAAAUAUUCCUAACUCUGGGAAGGACAGUUGAAUUACUGCUCCCGGCUAGACGUCUGUCCCCUCACCCUUGUCCUCAAAACAACAAUCAGUUUGAACAGUGAUACCCAGGUUGGUUUCAAUCCUGCUGUCCUUGUUACAGUGUAUGCCCUUGUAACUGCAAAGACCUAGAAAAGAGAUGCCCAGUGGCUCAAGUCCAGCCUGCACAAAGCUUCCCUCACUCCCUGGCAACACUGGUGUUGGGAUAUACCUUGUACUGACAUCAGCAUAGCCAAGAUUUCAUCUAGCUUGUAGCCUUUGAGGCUGAAGAGCAAGCCUGCCAGCAUUAAUGUAGGGGUAAACAGUGGCUCACUUGUGAGAGCUCGUGCUCCCUGCUCCAUCACAUUGUGGUUGAAAGUUGACGGCAUGAUCUGUUGAGCAGCAAGCAAAUGGAAAGAGUUGGGAAACAGCAUAAGGAGUGCCAAAAGUGACGGGCAAAUGAACAUACACGGUCACUAACUGAAACAGUACCUCGUCCCUAAAGGUCUGCUGACUUCUACCUGAAGGUUUUGUCCAAACCUCCCUCUAUGAGGCAUUUGCAAUGUAGACUGAGGACGUUUUACAACCCAGGAAUAAUGUCGUGGCCACUGACUAGUUAAACCUGGAGUCCACCUCUUGCCACUGACCAAGUUUGACUCCUUGGCACUACAGUCAAACUAAUCAAAAGGCACCUACAUGGUGAUAAUUGUGUUGGCUAAGUGCUGUUCCUAUACUGUGCAGUGUGCAGCUCUGAAGUUUUGAAUGUGCAAUUUAAGAAAAAAAAUAUUUUUUUUCAAAAUGCA